GGCUUUUCGCGUUCCAUUUUUUAAAUCCGAAAUUCGAAACAUAUUCUAACGCUGUAGACAAAAAAUGACAUAGAUUAUAACUAAUUAUAGAUAAAAAAUACGCAGAUUAUGUAGUGUUGUUUAUUGUUUAGUGUUGAGCAGUGUAUGUGAAGUGUCUGAAACGGGUUUCAUGGUGUGUAGACAGUUGUGAUUUGUUAUAAGUUCCUUCAAGAACCCGUAAUGUCCAAGCAGUGAAACAAAACAUCGAAAUGGCGAGCGCCGGCGCGGUCCUUCUGGAGACCAGGCCUUUUCGGCCCUUCAAGUCCUCUGAGGAGUACUUGUAUGCUAUGAAAGAGGACUUAGCUGAAUGGCUGACAGUCUUGUACCCUGAAUUACGGAUCAACGCUGAUAACUUUCUUGAUAGAUUGGACACUGGCGUCGCUUUGUGCAGGCACGCGAACGCAGUCCGUGACUCAGCGAAAUUGAUCAUCGACUCUCUCAACACAGAAACUGAGGAGGCUAUAGCCCUCGCGAGAGCCCUGCGCUCCCGCCCCCCCGUCAACAUGCUCCCCGCUGCGAAAGCCGGCACCUUUUUCGCGCGAGACAACCUCUCCAACUUCAUAGACUGGUGCCGGAAAGCCCUUGGUAUCUUGGAGUGCCUCCUCUUCGAAACCGACGACUUGUGCUUACGAAAGAACGAGAAGCACGUUGUGUUGUGCCUUCUUGAAGUUGCCAGGAAAGGGGCCGUGCUCGGCAUGCCAGCACCGCUGCUGGUUCAGAUGGAGAAGCAGAUCGAGAGGGAGCUGGCUGGAGAGGAGUUGAGACCAGAUGAUUCUGCGCUGGGUCUCGUACCGUCUGGACCGCAGCCGCAGUUGGUGACCAACGACUUGAGGAGCUUGGACGAGAGGGUCAGGGACCUGGUUGAGAGGUGCUCCUGCCCCACGCAGUUCCCCAUGGUCAGGGUUUCCGAGGGAAAAUACAGAAUUGGCGACACGAGACUGCUUAUUUUCGUUCGAAUCCUCCGUUCUCACGUGAUGGUACGCGUCGGAGGGGGCUGGGACACCCUCGCCCACUAUCUAGACAAACACGACCCUUGCCGCUGCAAGGCGCAGCACCGCACCUCCCUCUCCGCCCGGCUAGCCAGACCGAAACACGACCUAGCCGGCGCCACUGUCACCUACGAACGCCCAGACACCUACAAGUCCUACGAACCAAUGUCCAUGCCGUACCAGUCGAAAAUCUACUCAGAGGAACCGAGAAGCCUGCAAUACCACUCCAAUAACAAGCUAGAUGCCCCCACCAGUCUGCCCUACAUGGAUAUGGACAGAGCGGCCAGUCCCAGCAGAAAGCACUUGGCACCAAGAACACACAGUCCAGGCAGGUGUUCCCCAUCACCAGACAGGAGAACAAAGAUCGUAACGACGAAUCAUCUGGUGCCAACCCCUUUGGGGGUCAGGAAUAAAAGCCCUAGACCGUUGUCCCCAGCGCCCGCAGUUGAAAGCGCAUCGGAUAAUGGGUCGGAGGUGUCGGAUGAGGGUUACAGGAGCUUGGGGGUCGUGGCGGGGUCGACCCAGGGGUCGCCGUCUACGAAGACGACGAAUCGAUAUUCGCUGCACAGUCAGAACUCGAUGGAUGACGCUGAUUUUAGUGAGCGUCUCGACCAUGACGACAGCUGCCUAGACAAGACCGACCGGGUCGACGACUAUGUUAGCCUUAACACUGGUCUACGCAAAACGGAUUUCUCCGAUACCUUCUACGGUGGAAGGAAGGCCAGCUCAGAGGAGAAGUCCAACCGUGCGAGCCCCGAGUCCAUUGUCAGCCAUGAAAACAAUGAUUCGCCAAGCAAAAGUCUUCGAGCGACGCGUGAAUUCACCGAAUCCCCUACGAAAACGAUCCGAAGCCGACAAGCAAGCAGGAUUCCCCACUCCCCCAUUAGAAAUAGAACUCCUAGCCGAGGAAAUACUCCUAGCCCCAAACACACGCCUGCCCAAUUAUCCCCAAAACUUACUCCAAAACUGCCACCCACAGCGAGGAAUACCUGGGGAGGCCGGACUGCUCCAAACCAAGCCAAAACAAAAGCCAGACCUACGAUAGGAGCAGAUACCUUCGAGAAUCCAAAUAAAUCGCCUAAAGCUAAACCAAAGGCCCAAAACGAGGCGUUUAAAAGGAAUUCUCCAUUAAGAGCCAGUAGCGCUACCCUCCGGUCUCCAUCACACCAGAAACCUUUAAGUCCGCUCCUUGAACAAAUUUUGCGUUCAGCGGAGACUGCAAAAGAUGAUGCCACUGUUCUGGAGAAGAUGAAGGAAAUUAUUAGGACAUAUUCGAAAGGAGAAGACUCGCUGUCUAGGACGAGUUCAAAAGAUUCAGAUUACGCAGAUUUCACAUCAGCUUGGGUUAUGUCUGAUGGGAAAUUAGAGAGAUCUACGAGCACUAGGCAGCUAGCUGCGCCCAGGAAGGAUCGUGGCGCAGGCGCGUCUAGGAUACCUGCCCCUGUCUCUAUUGGCUGCAGGCGGUCAACCUCCACUUCCCAAUUCCCUUGACCUGGUUCAGGUCCCCGAAAAGACUGAAUUUAUAUUCGAAUCCAGUUUUAGUGUUAGUGAUUGGAUGUUCUAGAGUGAACAGGAGUGUUCUAAUUUCUAUCAUGACGGUAUUUUAAGGUAAACGACACAUUAUCGCUACCAUAUCUAAUUCGAUAAGUAGUGUUUUUUAUAAGUCUAACGUAGUACUAAUUGUUCUUUAUUGAAAAUUUGUACUAACAUUGACAUAACACAUGCAAAUUAAAAUUGUAAUGCCAUCGAUAUGUUUGUGGUGAAUUAUAUUUGAAAACGAAAAUAAAAAAAAUGUUAAAGCACGUAAUUUGCCACAAAACAGAGACGGUUCGGUAAAAUUUGUAAUGAUUUUGAUGUUAUGACAAAGAAAAAUUAGAUGGUGCUAAAUUUUAGGUUAUUAUAUGCUAUUUUAAUUUUUUUUACUGACAAAGUUGUUGACAUUGCAAUGUUUAAGUAUACUUAUGUACCUAUUUAAACAUUACAGUGUGUUACUUUAUGUAUGACGAUUUUAAUUAUAUUAAGUUACUAAUUUUAGCUUAAGUUAACCCGGCUUUUAUAAUAAUAACUCCCUACGAUUGGCUCAAGUUAGCUUUUGCAUUUAAAAUGUCAUUCCAAUAGAGCCGGGAUUUUGGCAAAUUUUUCUACUUUUUCAGUAAUCUCAUUUAUUUCUGGAUGGUAAAGAUAAGAUAGAAAAGAGCUUAUGAUUUGGUAGAGAAGAUAGGAAACUAGGCUUUAUGGGAACAGCAAAGCCCAUAGGUACGCAAUAAGAACCGAACUUUUGUUUCUUUAGCCUAUGUGUAUUUGCUGUGUCCAUAGAAGCAGUUAAAAUUUGUAGUAAAUUAAAAUUUUGAUGCACUUUAAAAAAUACUAUAUAGGUUAUAACGUAUAUCACAAAUCGUACCUCAGUAGUAUACCAGGGCAGAUUAAUAUUUUUCCACAUUUGUGACCCGUUAACACAACCGUCCAUAGAAACAAUAUGGAGAAGAUGUCGUUUUCCUUCAUUUCAAUGGAUAAUUUAAUGUUGAAUUAAAUUAAUGUCCGAAGCGACAAUCGUGUGUUGUAUUAAUAUAGAUGUGACCACAGCGUAAGCGCUAUUAAAAAAAAGACAAAAAAAAACAACUGUCAAAUCUGUCAAAUUUUCAAUGACAGCUCUUGGCAGCCAACCAUCUGCAUUUUGCAAUUAUUUGCACUAUUCCAGUACGUUAUAGACAUAAGUUACUUGUAUAAUUUGUAAACUUAUAACCCUUUAUUGCCCGACUGUGUGCUAUUUAUUGUUAACACAUAAAAGACAAUGCUUCCAUAAAUGUUGAGUUAAAUCGGUCUGUCUAUGGUAUCUUAUUAGUACACAAACACAAAAAAAAAGCUUGUUUUAUUGUCACUAGACUGUUCUCAGAUCGAUUUAGUUCACGUAAUGUUACUUUAUGUAUUACGUAACCAGUUAUGUUAUGAACCACGUGUUAUAAUUAUAUAUUUGCCUACAAUCUGCGAAUUGUAAUGCUCUUGCUUGUUUUAGGGAAAGUAUAUGUUUGUCACUCUCGAUUUUACCUAAGUCUAGCUAAAGUAAGAACAUACAGAUGGCUUAGUUAUGAAAACAAUUUCACCGAUUAUGCAAAUGGAAAAAAGUGGUUAAUGUAAUACCAAUAAUAAAAAGAUUUUGCAUACCUGAGAAAUUUGCGUGAAUUUGUUAUCUCUGACUUCCCGCCAAAAUUUGUAUUAAGAAAGUUAUCUGUGAUAAUUUUUUUUCUGAUUCGAAUGUAACUAAGCUGUCUGUAUUGACUUAUUUCUUUUUUUUUACAUUUUCAACAUUGCCAGUUCUGAUAAGAGAUCAUUAGAUAUUAAUUAAAUUAAAAAUAAUUUAAGAAACGUUAUUUAAGAUUUAUCAAUGGAUAAAGACAUUUCUAUGAUUUAGAGUAGAAUUUUUGUGUUUCGUUUCUAAACGUAAUUUAUAUACUUGUCUAUUUAUCUAAAAUAAGUUAUUUCGCCUUAUCUCCUAGCAGAACUGGAAAUGUUCGAUAUUAUUCUUCUAUAUUUAUUCAUUCGUAUUUAAGUGUCAUUGCUUGUAUAUUAAAAAAAAGUCCUGUGUCAUGGUAUUUAAGAAAAAUAAUUCGUUGGUUGGUAUAUUAACAAUGACAUUUAAGUACGAAUUCUGCUGUUUUAGAGGCUAAGCAAUAUUUCUCUCUUACGUACGUUACCAGUAAUUAUGCCAUAGAAAUUGUUGUAAUUCAUUCAAUAAAAUAUCAAUAAUGGAUUCA